AUGUUCUCCAAGCUUGCCGUGGCUCUCGCCGCCGUGUCGCUCGUGUCUGCCCAGACCUGGUCUGAGUGCGACCCGCGCCAGAAGACCUGCAAGCCCAACCCUGCCUUUGGCAAAGAUGGCGCCAACUGCGACUUCACCGCGGGCGCCUGCGCCGCCUUCCACGCCAUGGACGGCAAGGCCAUAACCUACGACGCGCGCGGCGCCAUCGGCGCCAUGGACGCGCCGCUGCAGGCCCCGACGCUGCGCUCCGACAAGUUUCUCUUCUUUGGCCGCGUCGAGGUGGAGAUGCAGGCCGCCGCCGGCAAGGGCAUCGUGAGCUCCAUCGUGCUGCAGUCGGACACGCGCGACGAAAUCGACUUUGAGACGGUCGGCUUCGACAACAAGCAGAUCCAGUCCAACUACUUCUCCAAGGGCGACGACUCCGUCUUCAACCGCGGCGGCUUCCACGCCGUCGACAACCCGCUCGGCGCCAUCCACACCUACGUCUUUGAGUGGACGCCCGAGAAGAUUGACUGGAUCAUCAACGGCGCCGUCGUGCGCACCCUCACCAGCGCCUCCGUCGGCGACGCCUUCCCCCAGAGCCCCAUGCAGGUCAAGGUCGGCGCCUGGGUUGCCGGCUACGAGGGCGGCCGCCCGGGCACCACCGAGUGGGCCGGCGGCAUCGCCGACUUCUCGAGCGGCCCUUCCACCGCCAUCUACAAGAGCAUCAAGAUUGUCGACUACGCCGGCGGCAGCAGUGCCACCGCCAAGGAUGUCAAGGAGUACGUCUACGGUGACAAAUCCGGCAGCGCCAAGAGCAUCAAGAUCAACCUCAAGGACGGCAGCAGCGCCGAAUCCAGCCCGACCAGCUCUUCUGCUUCCUCCACUGGCGCUGCGUCUACCGGCUCCGAGACGAGCUCUGCGACUGAGACCAAGUCCAGCGCCACCAAGGCUGCGUCCAGCAUCACCUCUGCGGCUUCGUUGACCAAGACCUCGAGCACCACUGCGUUUACGUCCAUCAGCUCUGCCGUUAACGGUACCGGUACCAACACUACCACCCUCAGCACGGCGACUGCGUCGCGCACCUCGGGCAUUUCUACCCCUACCACGGUUCCCACCGGCGCUGCUUCUAGCACCGGUGCUGUCUUUGCGUCCCAGAACCACUAUUCUGGUGAGCGCCCCUCACUGCAGAUUGCCUUUUGGUAUGCCAAGAUGCUGGGGUCUGUUACAGUGGCUGUCGAGACCAUGACAGGCAAUCCGGAGACGGGGCAUGUUACAUACGUCUCCUUCUAUUAA